GACGGACGUCCCGCCCUCUGGCUGUUCCUGGCUGAGGCGGAGCGGCGGGAGCUAUGGCGGCUGUGACAGAUGUGCAGCGGCUACAGGCCCGUGUGGAGGAGCUGGAGCGCUGGGUGUACGGGCCGGGCAGGUCUCGCGGCUCGCGGAAGGUGGCCGAUGGCCUGGUCAAGGUGCAGGUGGCUUUGGGGAACAUCGCCAGCAAGAGGGAGAGGGUGAAGAUUCUGUACAAAAAGAUUGAAGACCUGAUCAAAUACCUGGAUCCUGAGUACAUUGACCGCAUUGCCAUACCUGAUGCCUCUAAGCUGCAGUUCAUCUUAGCAGCCGUUCCUGAGCAUGCCGCCCACCUGCAGCGCUUGGCCCAGAUCCACAUCCAGCAGCAGGACCAGUGUGUGGAGAUCACUGAGGAGUCCAAGGCUCUCCUAGAGGAAUACAACAAGACUACAAUGCUUCUCUCCAAGCAGUUCGUGCAGUGGGAUGAGCUACUUUGCCAGUUAGAGGCUGCCAAGCAAGUGAAGCCAGCAGAGGAGUGAUGGCUGCUUCCCAUCCUAGGGUGGGCCGGGGCAGCCAGGCUCCAGGCCCUAUGCCAACCUGCCCUUGUAACAGGACAGAGCAGAGGCAGCUCUGUAUUUAUUGGAUUCACAGCCUACCAGUCUGCACUCAGGUGGGGCUCUGGGGUCAGAGGUCUGGCUACUUGAGAUUUGCUGUUUGCACCCCCUCCCCUCAUCAGUAUCCUGUUCCAAAGACAAUAAACUGUACAGAUCACUGGAGGUGUGUGUUAGCUUCCCGAUGUUGUAUGGGUAUGGUGGUGGGGAUGAGGUUGAUAGGCCAGAGUUGUUGGCCUUCCUCCUAGUUGGACUGAGAGCUAUACUCGUCCUAGUCUGGCUUUCCGGGAGAGGUAAAGCUGUCAGGAUGAAUGCUCUCAUUUGCUUGAUGUGAGUGGAACAUUCCUUUAUGUAUCCAUUUAUCCCGCAUUUACCAAGUACACUCUAAAUGUCAGAUGCCAUACCAGGUGGGGAGGACACAGGUAGGGUCCACCUGAUUCCUACCCUGUACAGGCUAGCUGAGGAGACAGUCAAGGAAAAGGGGAGGGACAGGUGGCACCAGGGUUCUUUGGGGGCACAGAAGAAAAAGGAAUGUGGGAAGCAGCCCUGGAGGGUGACAUGCAGCGUUUUGAGAGCCAAGGGAGCAGCAUGUGCAAUGCAGAGGGGAGCCUUUAAGUUUCUCUCUUGGGAGCCUACUUGGUGCUAUUAGCCGAGAAGGGGAGACUAAAAGAGGUUUGGAUGCAGGGGGCUUUUGGGGGGUGGGCCGUGGGGGGCGGUGGUACGGUUGGAAAGGAGAGCAUGUUAAAGAGCAGAGAAACUGAUGGUCCCUCACUCCACCAAGUAUUUGCUGCCCCCUUGUGGUCUCAGGGACUGCUGUGGCUCCAGGCCCCUUUCCAUCUGGCCUGCCCACCAGCCCACCAGCCCACCAGCAGGGUCUCACUGGCAUCUCAAAUUCAGCACGUCUGAAACUGGGAGUCAUCCUAGACUCUUCCCUCCUUCUUCGUCCGAACAGUCGUCAAAUCUACCUCCUGGUAUCUUCCAACUUAAUCUACUUUUCCCCAUUCCCACUGCUGUUUCUCUGGUUCAUUCUUUCAAUAAAUGAUUUAUAACAAA